AUGGAGUCAACUGAAAAGGUGGGACAGCCUGGCGAGUUGGGAGAUCGGUUGGUGCAGUUAUUGCAGAAAGAUCGUAUCAUCGUCGCAUCGCACACAAAGCGACCGCAAAACGGAUUCUUCAUUUUCAUCGUCGACGAGAAGAGGCUGCUUGAGAAUGGCAGAAGAACAAAAUACGCUGACAUUGUGUCGAAAAUCAGCGGCAACGGGCGUUCGAAGCUGGUGUUCAUCUGGCAGCGGACGAAGCCGAGCGUGCUGAAGGAUGUGCGUCACGUGUUCGAGGAGCUGUGGGCGCAGCAGAUCAUCGACGCGAUCGCCGUGGUACUCGGCCGCUACCGGGCCAUCCGCAUCUACACGUAUCACCCGUUCACGCCGAACCACUGCUUCGAGGCUGGAUCCCCGGUGCUCAUCAACGACUGGGACCCCAGGAGAGGACGACUCACCCAUCGCACGCCGUCCCUCUUCUCGCAGAAGAGCAAGAUGCGAGACCUGUUCGGGUGCAAGGUGCGAUGCAUGGGCGUGCACCGGCCGCCGGAGGCUGUGAUCGAGCGUGGCAACAAUUCGUGGCGGCUCUCUGGUACCGGCAUCGAGAUGUUCAACUUCAUGGCCAGCUACCUCAACUUCACCCCCGAGAUCGUCGUCAACCGCCCACGCAACGUCCAGGAGCUCGAACGACUCAACGAGACCAGCUGCCUGAUGAGCAUGGUCGCCACCGGACAGGUCGACUUAGGCUUUGGAAAAUUCACGCGGCUAUUAGAUAGCGAGCCUGGGGUGACCUUCGCCAAAGAAAUCCAGCAAGAUUGUUUCACGUGGGGAGUUCCAGAAGGUAUUGGGAACGAGCCUUCAAUAUGGAAAUACUACACUACGGAGUUCACGAUACCGUCGUGGUGCAUGGUGGCAGCAAGCGUUGCAAUCACGGUUUUCUUCAUAAAGCACUUCUCAAAACGCCUGGCGAAUGAGCGGAAGAUAUUUCGUCAAUACUCUUACGCCCUUUUCUACACCUACGCCUCUAUCGUGGGGGCAACGAAUAAACCUCAACCGAGGACUUUUCCUCUCAGGGUUUUCGUCGCUCACUGGCUUAUCUACGCUCUAGUGAUAACUUCACUGUACGUUGCCUACCUGGGGAGUUUGGUGACAGUGCCGGCUCCAGAGCCUGAGCUCCAGGAUCAGGAAGACCUCCUCUCAACGAGUCUCAACAUCGGGGGACGGCAACAAAUGUUCUACAUUCUAAACUCCUCGGCACAGUCAAGCGUUGAUAUCGAACAGCUUAUCCUGAGGUACCAGAUCCUCUCACCGCUGCCGUUCUACCACCACGUGCGGCGGGUGAUCACUCGACGAGACCUGGCGAUCUUCGCCUCGAAGCGGGAGCUCUUGCACUACUCGGAGCGCUUCCGGGCGGCGACCAACAGCUCGCGGCGGAUGUUCGUGCUCCCGGUCUGCGUGACGCGUUCCUACUCCUCCCCCUUCAUCUUCCGCGCCGGCUCCCCCUUCCUCAAGCCCGUCAACGACGUCCUCUGGCGCCUCAUCGAGACCGGCAUCACCCUCAAGUGGGAUGACGUCAACAUGGACCAGGUUUGUCCUCAUUCACCAGCAGUAGCG